CUGCAUUGCAAGCAAUAAUCAUCAUCCUCAUUUUCAUGCUGUCAUUCGGUUUCAACUUUGACCUUUAGAAUUUUCCGCCGCAUUUUGUUUAUUGCUAAGCGCGAAAAACAAUAAUUUCUCGCUAAUCGCAGUGGGCAAAGUAAAACGUAUGUUUUUCCUGCGGUACCCCCUCCAAAGCCGGCUCGAUUUUUUCGAAAUGAAAAGUGAAUUUUCAAGAUCAAGGCAAAGUCAAAAUUAUAUUAUUAGAUGUUUGUUUAUUUUAAUUUAGUAAGUGCACUAGUGCAUCGUUAUCUGCGUUGACUAAGGACUUAAAUGCCUUGAAAAGGAAGUGCAGUCCUUAAAAAAGGGAAACAUGAGAGAGGACAUUAUGGAAGAAUCUGCUGUAUCCUCUGCGUCUGAAUUCGAUCCUGCCAACCUCUUGGAGGAGCAGUUCGAAUGCCACACAACCUACAUCGUACCGGAUCUUCCGGUGGAACCUGGAACUCCUAACAGAGCGGAAGCUACUCUUCCAAGAAAUUUGGUUUUAAAGCCAUCUGAAGCUUUGUCUGAUGCUCAAGGUGUUUGGAGUACGGGUUAUAUACCACGUGGUACAAGAUUUGGACCACUUGUGGGUGAGAUAUAUGCCAAAGAUGCUGUUCCCAGUACUGCCAAUAGAAAGUAUUUUUGGAGGGUGCAAUUAAGGGAAGGCUUCUAUAGAAAUAACAUGCCUGAUAAGAUAUACAAAGAUAACGAGCUCUACUACUACAUAGACGGUUUCGACACGUCCAAAGCCAACUGGAUGCGUUACGUCAACCCAGCCUACUCCAGCGAAUCUCAAAACCUAAUCGCAUGCCAGUACAAAAUGAACAUCUACUUUUACACCAUCAAACCUAUCUUACCGAACCAAGAACUCCUGGUUUGGUAUUGCAAGGAGUUCGCGGAAAGGCUAAACUAUCCUUUAACCGGGGAGCAGAUGUUGCAAAGGAUAAGGCAGCAGGUUCAAGUGCAGCAGUCGCCUGAGGUUAUAACUGUCAGCACUACGGAACACCCUCCCAAAGACAGUGUCUAUGAGCACCAGCUGACUCCUACAGAGGGCAGCGUGCGGUCUGAUGAGGGUUACCAUAGCAAUGGGUACCAUGACGACGCGUUCACGCCGCCUGAGGACUCCAGCGACUCCGACAGCGAGAAUAACUAUGUUUUGGACUUCAGUAAAAAGCCAACUUCCAAAGAAACUCCAGUGAUAAAGCCGGUGGCGGCCGAAGCUCAGAAGAACGAAUACAGAAAAGUGAAAAUAAAGAUCUCAAAGGCGUAUCACUAUCACAAAUCGCUAAAGAAUGAUAGCGACAUGGAAACGGACAAAGAAGCAUCACCAAUAGAAACUGCUGUACCUGAAGUAACCACAUUAACCCCGAGAAUCAUCACGCCUUCAUCGACGGUGAUAGUGAUGGACUCGCCUCCUCACGAAGUUCCUAAUAAACCUUUUUACGAGCCUGAAGUUGUGCAAAAACAGACGAUUAUUACGAGAUAUACGCCUCCUUCGUCUAGUAUAUUGGAAAAUAUUUUGCUGAGAAAUCGUAUCGACACGAAUAACAAUGAUAAUAAUCAAAGGCAGCCUAAUGCAACUCCUCCCCCAAGCUCGCCCACAGAGAUGGCUUAUUCGUACAAGAAGAGUCAUAGGUAUGGCACGGUGCCUUGCAGUCCCGACUCAAGCUCUAAUGUACAAGGGCAACAAGUUUUGCCUUCGCUAAGUCCAGCUUUAAUGAGGAAUAACCCCCCGAGCCCAAUACAGCAUAACCCCGUCUACUCCCCUCACACUACAGAUAAUUAUCACGGCCAAAUGCAGUCGGUUAAUUACUACAACAUCUACCCCUCCCCCAAUGGUAUGGUGCAUAGCACUAUAACGUCACCCACGAAUAAUGCAUACUCGCCACCCUUGACAAACUUCAACAACAAUCACCAUAACAACAACGGUUCCAAUUUGAUUGUACCGACAUCUCAUAUAAUGAGCACGAAUUUCCCACCUCACCUGCUCACACCUCUCCCCCCAUUGCAGACAAACAUGAGACCUAUUUCCCCGUGUUCCAAGAGCCCAGACAAAUACGAUUUAAACAUGAUGCAAGGUAGCCCUACAAGCCCCAACAGCCCAUCCAGAGGCUACAGAAGCCUACCAUACCCUCUCAAGAAGAAAGACGGAAAAAUGCAUUACGAAUGCAACGUCUGUUGCAAGACUUUCGGCCAGUUGUCAAACCUAAAAGUCCAUCUUCGCACUCACAGCGGCGAGAGACCGUUCAAGUGCGAAGUGUGCACGAAAUCGUUCACUCAACUCGCCCACAAACAAAAACACCAUCUAGUGCACACCGGCGAGCGUCCGCACGAGUGCGGCAUAUGCAAAAAGCGAUUCUCCUCGACCAGCAAUCUUAAAACCCACCUGAGACUCCACAGCGGCCAGAAACCGUACGCGUGCGACUUCUGCCCGGCCAAGUUCACGCAGUUCGUGCACCUGAAGUUGCACAAGAGGUUGCACACGAACGAAAGGCCCUACAUUUGCCAGGAGUGCGGUAAAAACUACAUCAGCGCAUCUGGUUUGAGAACGCACUGGAAAACCACCAGUUGUCGCCCCAAUAGCAAUGACGAAGAGCUUAACGGCGAAGCGUCUCCCAACUGCUAUUACGACUACGCUGGAUCCGAUGGUAGCCUAGGUUCCAUGGACCUAAAAGAUGCUCACGAGGAGUCCUCCAAAGACACGUUCGAGAUCCACGGGUCUCCCCAAAACCAAAUGACCCACCAGGUGCUGCACCCAGGUCUCUCGAGGCCGAUGGGGGCGCCCAUCCUCCAAGCUAAUCCGCAGAGGAUAAACCCGCCCCAGCAGCACCAUCCUGGUAAGGAGACGAGACCAAGCGUGAUCGAAUCGUCGCAACCGCAUAUUAUUGAGUGUACCUAAAAUGUAUCUUGCUCAGUAGAAGUGUAGUAGACUUGUUAAGUUUUUAAUGUUUAUUUUUAUUUUUAUAAGAGUGCUUUGUCCCGAAGAAGGCACUAUGCGGCUGCAGACUCGGGUUAUAAAAUAAAAAUUAUCCCCUAUGUCUGGAUGGUUGUUAUUUUUGUUGAUAGGAUUUUGCAGUCACAUAAAGAAAUGUGAUUUUGGGACGUAGUAUUGUACUGAAAAAUUUGUUUAAUAUUGAUUUUCUGAUACUCAUUAAAUGUUUUGAGAGAUAAUUUAAUUUAUUUAGUAUUUAUUUUAUAGUAAUUUAUGUAUAUGAAAGUAUUUUAUGGACAUAACCGAAUUUUCAAUUUAGACUGAAUACUGAAAGCAAUACUACUUAACCAUGACCUGCACGGAUAAAUUUAACCAAAUAAAAUAGUUGUGUUUUUCGUUUACAUUUGAAUGUUUUAGGAACUAGAAAGUUUAAGUUUGUAUCAUAGAUUUUAUAAAUGGAUCACACAUACUAUCAAAAAUCGCAAAAUUGACGCUACAUAUAAAGGAAUACUAACCCUUAUUCUCAGGGGUUUAAGUUUUUUUAUAUGCAGUUAUAUCCAUAAUAUACUUAUGUUAACUUAUCCAAAUAAGUAUAAACCAAAUAAAUCCCCUGUUCAAUCUGCUACUUUCCCGUAAAUAUCUAUACCACCUAAAUCAGUGUAUGUAAUAAUUAUAUGGAAAACUUAAUGGUGCUUGUGACUUAUUUAUUAAAGUGUGUGUGAAAUUUUCAAGCUUAGCAGUGGAAAUUUGUGUUUUCUGCUUGCACUAAAAAAUCAGUAUUAAUAAGUUGGUUCAAAUCGUAAAUAUUGUACAUCUUUGAUCAUAUUUUUUGUAAAAACAUAUUUUUGUAUAUUUAGAUUAUUUGUACAUAAGUUUCUUUUUAGUUUAGGUACCUACUGAAAAUACAUUGUAAAUUUUUGUAAAUUGUUAAAAUUUUGUUUAUAUGAAAUGACAACUUGCCUAUUGUACAUAAUGUUAU